GCGAAAGGUGACAGGAGUGUUAGCGUCUGGCCACUGGGCUAUACCAUCUGGACGACCACAAGGUGGCGCAGGCGCAGAGGCGGCGUUCCACGCAGCUGGUCAACAGCUGGAGAGAUGGACCAGUGAGCCGCCUCCUGCAGCUUUAGCCCCGGGAAGGAGGGUUUCCUCUGCCUGACCCCACGCUGUCUCCGCAGGGCCGGAGAUGUGGUGAGAGCUGGCCAUGGCUGCGCCCCAAGAACUCACCUUCCAUGAAUUUGAAGUGGCUACUGACCAGCUGGCCGAGACACCUGGGGCUGCUGCCAUCUCCAGCCUGGAGGAAUUGCAGGGCCAUGUGAGCCUAGCUGUGGACAAGGAGGACCAAGAAGAUGGAGAAUUAGUAGAGAAUGAUCAGACUCAGCUGCUUGGGGGUGAGAAACAAUCUCCAAAGUUCUGGACUUUCAGCUACCACCAGUCUUUCUUUGAUGUAGACACAUAUCAGGUGCUGGAAAGGAUUAAAAGUUCACUGUUGCCAGCACCUAGGCAGAACUUUGUGAAACACUGUCUUCGGCAUCAUCCAGACCUAUAUGGGCCUUUCUGGAUAUGUGCUACCCUGGCCUUCACAUUGGCUGUGAGUAGCAAUCUGUCCACCCUGCUGCAGAGCUGGAGUCAGUCUUCCUUUUCUUAUAGCCCCCAGUUUCAUAAAGUUACUGUUGCAGGGAUCACCAUUUACUGCUAUGCGUGGCUGGUACCAGCAGCACUAUGGGGCUUCCUGCAGUGGCGCAAGGGGGUCAGAGAACGUGUUGGCUGCUAUACCUUUCUGGAGACUGUGUGUGUCUAUGGAUAUUCCCUCUUCAUCUACAUCCCCACUGUGGUCUUAUGGCUCAUCCCCAUCUCAGGCCUUCAGUGGUUUUUUGGGGUCUUGGCUGUGUCCCUUUCGGGGGCUGUGCUCUUGCUCACCUUCUGGCCUCUUGUCCGUUCAGACACCAAGGUAGUAUCGGCAGUGCUGCUUACAGUCAUGGUUGCCCUCCAUGCCCUCCUGGCCAUCGGCUGCAAGAUAUAUUUUUUCCAGUCCCUGCCUUCAAGGUCCGUUCCUGUGACCCAAGCCCCACUGCACCAGGCCACAGCACCUGGCUCCUCUAGGACUUCUGCAGCCUCCUAAAGGAAUAGAGCACCUGGGGGAAGCUGACAGACCGAUACCAUUAGUCAUCCUGGGGGAGAAAGAAAACACCAGAACAGGGUCUCCCUGCCAAGUGGUCAUCAGGUGAUCUCCACUGAUGGAAGGAACCAUCCGGUGCUGAGUCAUUGUGUUCAUUCUGCUGGUUUGAAGACAUUUCUUACAAAUCAAAAAGUUUAUUUUUUAUGCAAAGGUGAUUUAAAGAGACUAUAUAAACAUGGAACUUCUCCUCA